AUGACAACAAUUGAUCUUCUAGAAGAGGCGUCGUCGCGUCUUCAGAAAAGGAAUGCAUUUGAAGAGUUAGAAGGAGAUAUGGAUGUGGAGGAGGAAGUUGAGGCUGUAGUCAGAAAGGAAAUGGAAGAAGAAGCAGAUUCUGAAGUCAAGCAUCUGAAGAUAAUAUACACACCUGAACAGCUUUAUGAAUACCAAGAUAAUGCAAUCUUGUUUAAGGACAAUCCACUGCCAGAAAGAGCAUUUUAUAGGUUAGAAGCAAAACUGCUGAGAAAGAUAAACGCUACUCUUACGUAUCUACCGCCAAGUAGAAGAAAAAAGGUGAAGAAGACGGACAAGAAAGAACGGGAGAAGGAAUUCAAAGGCCGAAAAUUGAGUAAUGGACAUCAACAUGUGAAAGAAGAAAAUGAAGAGGGGGACGAUGAUUCCAUUCCAGAGUGGGCUAUCGAGUCGGAUUUCCACGUGGACAAGAACCUUGCUGGAUAUUCAUCUUUUGGUGGAUUUACAGUUGAGGAUAUGGAACACGAGAAGAGAAUGUAUGUGGAGGCACACGGAGGAGUUUAUAAGGAGGAUGAAGAAACCGAAUUGAAAAAACAAUUAAAGAAACAGUUUGAAGAGCCUGAGAUUCUUGGACCCAAGGAAGAAGAAUACAAUGCCCUGAAAGUGGACGCGAUGUUUACUUCUCAGGACAAUUCGUCACCUGAUAAUCAGUUCUUCAACUCGUUACUUCAAAAAACAGAGAGUUCGAGGUCUAGUAGUGCUACCAUUCAUCAACAUUCACCUAACGAGACCUCUAAAUUUUCAAAUCUGUUCAGUCACAAGGAGCCACAAUCUGACGUUGUUACUCCUAAGACAGUUCCAGAAACUCCGCCGGGGCUUUCUCUUCCCUCUAAUGCUUCCAAUUCAGCGGUGCCACUUCUUCCUCCGGGACUAAAUCAAAUAAACACGCAGAUUCCACAAAACAAACAACUACCACCGGGAAUUUAUCAAUCGCCACCAACGGAGUAUAUGUCUCAGCUUGUUCAGCAACAGCGGAUUCAACUUCAGUUGGAGCAGCGUAAACUUGAGCAGCAACAGCGACAGCAGCAGCAGCAGCAGCAACACCAGCAACAGCAACAGCGACAGCGACAGCAGCAGCAGCAGCAGCAGCAACACCAGCAACAGCAACAGCGACAGCGACAGCAGCAGCAGCAGCAACUCCAACAUCAACAGCAGCUCCAACAAGAACAACUGCAGCAGCAGCAACAACAGCAACAGCAACAGCAACUCCAACAUCAACAGCAGCUCCAACAAGAACAACUCCAACAGCAACAACUGCAACAGCAACAACUGCUUCGACAGUCUCAACCUUACCUGGGACAACUACCUCCUGGAAUGGUGAAUUUGCCACCACCACCUCCUGAACUUAUAGAACUUAUUCGUCAGGGAAAGUUGCCUCCAUUGCCACCUCAACGGAUGGCUCAGAAUGUGCCUCUUACACAACAGACAAUGCCUCUUCCACAGCGAACUAUGCCUCUUCCACCACCAGAUCAACUUCCUCCUGCUUUACAAGGUAUAUUCCUGCAACUACAAAAUCAACUCAGUAGAUGUCAACAGAGUGGUCAGCCGCCGCCGACUCAGCUCCUACAACAGAUGGAGGGCUUCCAUAAGCUUGUUGAACAACAUGUGAGACAGCAGAGAAGAUGA